ACAAACAUGCAUGAUAAAGUUGGACAAUAUAUAGUUCAUUCUGUCAGUAUCAUUUGGUUAUUGGUUGUUAUGAAGAAUAUAUUGCUUUCAUCAAAUAAGACAAAGAACUAAGACACAGAAGUUAAAUAGAGAGUAGGAUGUUAGGGAGUUUCACAACAUGUUUACAUCAUUUGUUAUGACAUUAAACUUUGUACUGGAUGCAUGCAUUUGAGUCAUCAGAGAUAAUUCUAAUGUUGUUAUUCUGUUAAAAAAGCAUCCCGUGGAAGCUACAAGAAACAUUUAUCUGAUCUCAAGUUUCUUAGCAAUUGGAAAACUAUGUCUGAAUAUAAGAAACUUGCAAUUUGAAUCUGUAUGUUUGCAUAUGAUACAUAUGUAUCUUAUGUAAGUUUUAAAUUUGCUGCUGCUAGUCUGUUGGCGUAUGCCAAAUGAGAGAAAGGAUUAUAUCAGAUUCUGAAAACAAAGAUGCAUAUGCAUAUGCUCAAUGCAACAAGUAGUGUCCUUCUGCAAACCAUGUUGCUACUACUAAACAAGAAUCUGCAACAGACAGAAAAUACAAGCGAUCUUCACCCUGACAGAGAUGACAACAGUAAAAGAGAGUACUGCUACAAUCCUUUUGGUUGUUUUGAAAUGUCUUAUCCAUGGGUGGAUGAAAUCUUGCGACCAGUGAGCCAUGUUCCAGACCCACCCAAGAAAGUGAAUCCUACAUACUGCCUCUAUACAAGGCAAAAUGAGGACAUUUGUCAGAUCCUGAAUAUCAUGGAUAAUAGUUCACUGGAACAGUCAUACCUGAUGAGUCACCACAGACUUUACUUCAUCAGUCAUGGUUUUAUGGAGCAUGGCAACAAAGACUGGAUAAAGAAAAUGACAAGGGAACUGUUGAACCUUGUAGACUGUAGCGUUAUAGUUGUUGACUGGAGUGGUGGCUCGGGACCUCCGUACCCACAAGCUGUUGCGAACAUCAGACUUGUUGGUGCUAUGACAGCCCACAUGAUAAACUAUAUUGUUGCCCAAGUUGGAAUUAAUCCAGAGCUCAUUCACUUUAUUGGACAUGGUCUUGGUGCACAUAUGGCUGCUUAUGCAGGACAAACUACACAGAGAGACUUCAAAUACAAAUUAGGCCGAAUUACAGGUCUGGACCCAGCAGAGCCUCACUUCAGUAAGACAGAUCCAGUUGUUCGCCUGGACCCUACAGAUGCAGAUUUUGUGGAUGUAAUUCAUACAGAUGCUGGCCCGUUCAUCAGUGGUGGGCUGGGUAUCUUGCAGCCCGUUGGACAUGUGGAUUUCUAUCCUAAUGGCGGGAUUGAACAGCCUGGGUGUCAUGAAGAUGUUAUUUCACACAUGAGGAAAGGAAGUGGUAAUUUUUACAGAGGCAUCAGAAAAAUGAUAAGCUGCAACCACAUCCGAAGCUACCAGUACUUCACUGAGUCUAUCAAUCCAGGGCUUUGCUAUUUCAUGGGUACAGAAUGUGGUUCUUGGGAGGAAUUUCAAAAUGGUAGUUGCUUCAGCUGUUCCAGAGGCAACAAAUGCCCAUUCCAAACAAAAUUUGGAAUGCAUGCGGACUUAUAUCUCAGAAAAGGGGAAGCAUAUGGAUCAUCUCUGAGACUUCCUCCACCAAGAUUCAAUGUCAAGUUGUUCAUGAUGACCGGAGUAGAAAGACCUUUCUGCCGUCAUCAUUACUACAUUACAUGGAAUAUUUCUGACUCAUGCAAGAGUGUGCAACAUGGAGGGGAAAUUGGAAUGAUGUGGAUUACAAUAAAAGGUGACAGAGGCAUUACAAAGGAUAUAAAACUAACAGAAGUAGAGCAAUUUUAUGAACCUGGAAGUGGGCACCAGGUGACAGUGCCUGGAGAUCCUGUUGGAAAAUUACAGUCUGCCAUAUUGCGCUGGGAAUAUCGAGCAAACCCACUGAACCCCUUGACAUGGAGAUUUAUUGCCACUCCUCGCAUCUAUAUUAGCUGGAUGCGGAUAGAAAGUUUAGAGGAAAGAGACAGUUUGACUAUCUGCCCUGACGAUGUACCUCUCACAGCAUGGAAACCUCUGAGACUGAGCAAAAGGCCAAGACAAACCAGUUGCGACCUCAAAAUAAUAAGUAAACAUAGGGCAGAAUGUGACAAUGUUGUCCACUGAUCUUCCAAGUAAAUGAGGAAAAUCAACAUCUAAGAAUCUGCUACAGAACAAUUGCAUUUUGGUAGUUUGAUGCUUUGUACUUCCAGCAGUGUAUGCACUGAAGAACUGAAAGCUGUUCAAUAAAUAUCAUGUAAUACUCA